AUGGAGAACCAGAGCGUGUCUGAAUUCAUCCUGAUGGGAUUUUCUGUUGGACGUCAAGCAGAGAUCCUUCUUGCGUGCCUCUUUCUGGCUAUGUACGUUAUAUCCAUGGCAGGGAAUAUGACUGUCCUCUCAAUUGUAUUGACGGACAGUCGGCUCCACAGCCCCAUGUACUUUUUUCUCAGCAACGUCUCUGUGCUAGACAUCCUCUUCACUUCUGUUAUUAGCCCUCAGCUACUGUGGAAUCUUUUUUCUAAUGACAAAUCCAUCUCUUUUUCUGGCUGCAUGGCCCAAUCCUAUUUCUACUUCUUCCUGGGCACAGUGGAGUUCCUCCUCUUCACCUCCAUGUCCUAUGAUCGCUAUGCUGCCAUCUGCAAGCCUCUUCAGUACCAUGCCAUCAUCAAUGGCCGGGUGUGCAUUCAGAUGUUGCUGGGUAGCUGGUUGGGAGGGUUCCUCUCUGUCCUUUGUCCCACCAUCAUGAUCACCAGGUUAUCGUACUGUAGGUCCAAUGUCAUCAACCAUUUCUUUUGUGACAGUGGUCCACUAUUGGACCUAUCCUGCUCAGACACACAUUUCAUAGAACUGAUGGACUUUUUGCUCUCCUCUCUUGUUGUUCUUUGCUCACUGGUCUUGACGCUGGUUUCCUAUACAUAUAUCAUCUCAGCAAUAUUGCGCAUCUCUACCACCACUGGCCGGUCAAAAGCCUUCAACACCUGCGCUUCUCAUCUGACCAUCAUCUCCAUCUCCUGUGGCAUCACCAUCUUCAUCUAUAUCACACCAUCCCAGAAGGAGACACUAGAAGUACACAAGGUACCUGCUGUUCUUACCACCAUUGUCUGCCCCUUCCUGAAUCCUUUCAUCUUCACAUUGAAAAAUGACAAUAUAAAGCAGGCAAUAAGGGAAGCAUUAAGGAGGAACAUACAACUGAUCACUCAAAAAACCAUGAGUUUCUAG